AUUCGGCACCGGAGUCGCUCCGCGCUCCCAGAAUGCACCGGCGGUCCGCGGGAAACCAAAAUGGCGAAGGGCUGUAAAGAAGUGGGCUGUGUUUGAGGCCGGUGUAAGAAGGCUCACUCUACUCUCAACCCUCGUCCCCAGGACCUCGGUUUGCGCGUGUGCAUGUGCGGGGUGCCCGGUGGGGCGGGUGCGCAGUAAGUGCUUGGACUCGCAGGGGAAGCGCCCAAGGGGACGUGAUUGGUUGUUUUUUCCUGUAUGAAGCGGUUGGCACCACUGAAGUGACCGAAUGAGAGACUCUACAGGGGCAGGUAAUUCACUGGUCCACAAGCGGUCUCCUUUACGUCGAAACCAAAAGACCCCAACAUCCUUGACCAAGCUGUCUUUACAGGAUGGACAUAAAGUCAAAAAGCCAGCAUGUAAAUUUGAAGAGGGUCAGGAUGUCCUAGCUAGAUGGUCAGAUGGCUUGUUUUAUCUUGGAACUAUCAAAAAGAUAAACAUAUUGAAACAGAGCUGCUUCAUCAUAUUUGAAGACAGUUCUAAAUCCUGGGUUCUCUGGAAGGACAUUCAAACAGGAGCCACUGGAAGUGGGGAAAUGGUCUGUACAAUAUGUCAAGAAGAGUAUUCAGAAGCUCCCAAUGAAAUGGUUAUAUGUGAUAAGUGUGGCCAAGGAUAUCAUCAGUUGUGUCACACACCUCAUAUUGAUUCCAGUGUGAUUGAUUCAGAUGAAAAAUGGCUCUGUCGACAGUGUGUUUUUGCAACAACAACAAAGAGGGGUGGUGCGCUUAAGAAAGGACCAAAUGCCAAAGCAUUGCAAGUCAUGAAGCAGACAUUGCCCUAUAGUGUGGCAGACCUUGAAUGGGAUGCAGGUCAUAAAACCAAUGUCCAGCAAUGUUAUUGCUAUUGUGGAGGCCCUGGAGACUGGUAUUUAAAGAUGUUACAAUGCUGCAAAUGUAAGCAGUGGUUUCAUGAGGCUUGUGUGCAAUGCCUGCAAAAGCCAAUGCUAUUUGGAGAUAGGUUUUAUACAUUUAUUUGCUCUGUCUGCAGUUCUGGACCAGAAUACCUCAAACGUCUACCAUUACAGUGGGUAGAUAUAGCACACCUAUGCCUUUACAACCUAAGUGUUAUUCACAAGAAGAAAUACUUUGAUUCUGAACUUGAGCUUAUGACAUACAUUAAUGAAAACUGGGAUAGAUUGCAUCCUGGAGAGCUGGCAGACACACCAAAAUCUGAAAGAUAUGAGCAUGUUCUGGAGGCAUUAAAUGAUUACAAGACCAUGUUUAUGUCUGGGAAAGAAAUAAAGAAGAAGAAGCAUUUGUUUGGGUUGCGAAUUCGUGUUCCUCCUGUGCCACCAAAUGUGGCUUUCAAAGCAGAGAAAGAACCUGAAGGAACAUCCCAUGAAUUUAAAAUUAAAGGCAGAAAGGCAUCCAAACCUAUAUCUGAUUCAAGGGAAGUAAGCAAUGGCAUAGAAAAAAAAGGAAAGAAAAAAUCUGUAGGUCGUCCACCUGGUCCAUAUACAAGAAAAAUGAUUCAGAAAACUGCUGAGCCACCUUUGGAUAAGGAAUCAAUUUCAGAGAAUCCUACCUUGGAUUUACCUUCUCCUAUAGGGAGAACUGAGGGAACUGCACAUACAUCCAAUACCUCAGAUGUGGAUUUCACGGGUGCUUCCAGUGCAAAAGAAACUACCUCGUCUAGCAUUUCCAGGCAUUAUGGAUUAUCUGACUCCAGAAAAAGAACUCGUACAGGAAGAUCUUGGCCUGCUGCAAUACCACAUUUACGGAGGAGAAGGGGUCGUCUUCCAAGAAGAGCACUCCAGACUCAGAACUCAGAAAUUGUAAAAGAUGAUGAAGGCAAAGAAGAUUAUCAAUUUGAUGAACUCAACACAGAGAUUUUGAAUAACUUAGCAGAUCAGGAGUUGCAACUCAAUCAUCUAAAAAACUCCAUUACCAGUUAUUUUGGUGCUGCAGGUAGAAUAGCAUGUGGUGAAAAAUACCGAGUAUUGGCUCGUCGGGUGACACUUGAUGGAAAGGUGCAGUAUCUUGUGGAAUGGGAAGGAGCAACUGCAUCCUGACUGUAGGACUGAACAUUAUGUUCACUGCACUCUCAUUUUCUGUAGGUACAGUUCAAAGCCCUAAAGGAUAAAGGAGUCUGGCUUUUACUAUCUUUCUUAAAAAAAAAAAAAAAAAAAGUCAAAAAAAUUCACAAAAGGAGAUGAUACUAGCCUUAACAUGUACCUGUCAAUGUUAUGGAUAUUGUCAUAAAAAGAUAUCUUUUAAAAAUCAGAACAGAGACUUAAUUUUUUAAAUCUUAAGAUUUGUAGAAUGUUUCUAGGAUAGGAUAUUAAAAAUGAUUCAAAUCCAUGCAUGGUGUUAGAUAAUUUUUCUAAUUAUUCCAUUGAGUCAGUUUUUGUGAUUAGUGGUUAUCAGAUCAAACAGAUCAUGUAGAUAGAUAGCACAAGUAUUUGGAGAAACGUUGUCUGUUUUGUUGCCAAAAUGUUGGAAAAAAUUUAUUUCAAUACCUUUCAGAUUUCAUAAAGUGCAGUGUAUAUAAUGCCUACUAAAAGACUGUAAAAUAUUGAAAUUUUCUUUCAAGCAAAGUGUAAAAAAUAUAUUGAGCCUGUAAAUUGCUCUGUGACUAGACUUCAUUGUCGUCUUAAUAUAUUCUUUGCAUGUGCAUAUAUAUACACAGGUGUGUAUAUAUAUGUGUGUGAUUAUGUGACCUAUGCAAUACAAAUUAUGGGAAUGGGCAGCUUUGGAGUAUAUAUCCCAUAAUUCUUUUUUCAGGAAUAGUUGCAGUAUUUACACAGCAGCAUUUCUUCUCAGGCUUUUAUUGGGUGCUGUUGCUUGCUAUGUAUGAAGAGAAAUGUGUCAGACAAGUUUAAAGUUUAGUGUGUUCUGAAGAAGGGUGUGAACAACAGUGUUCAUGGGCUUUUAGAAUGCUUUUCACUUUCAGUCCUUGUAACUCAGCUGUUCAGUACCUAAAACCAAUUCAAAUAAUAUGAACAUUAUCUCCUACUAGAAGUAACGUAUUCAAGUUUUCAUGGCACAUUUGAUUGUAAAUGUCUCUCAGUUUUAACAGUAAGUCUGUAGGAGUCCCGUGAAGAUUCCUGAAAUGUCUGUAGUAACUGUUAGUCUUGUUGAAUAAGUGUAGUAUGAACAAAGUAUUUUAUUGCACAGGGUUAACAAACAGUAUGGUGCCUGACAAGGCUACUACUGUUUUAUUACAACAUUACCUCUUGUUUUUAUAAAAUGUACCAAGAUUUAAAUUGAUAACUUUAUUUUACAUGUAAAAAACCAGUUUUUUUAUCACCAGUGUUAGAGUUGUCUUCUGUUUCUUUUUGUUUUGUUUUGUUUGUUUGUUUUCUUUUUUAGCCAAAGAGUAAACAGAAGAAUAUUCUUAUUUUGGUGGCUAUUCAUUUUACUCUUAAAAGUGAUUGGUGGAUUUUGCCUAAAAAUUGGGGAAUUUGCCGCCAAAAUGAAAAAUAUGUAAAGUGUAGUGGUUACAGAGCGGUAAAAAUGUGGGUUAGUACUUAUUUAUUCCAUUGAUUGAUUAUUUGACUGUUUAUAAAGAAAGUUGCUUUAUUUCUUUAAACAUCUUCAAAAGAUGACCUUUCCUUGUCACAUUAUAGCCAAAAGAAGCAGAGAACUUCGUUGUCCUGCAUUUGGUUCCUGGUUGGCCAGGUAUAAAUGAGCUUUACAAAAGUGCAAAUUAAAAACUGUCACUUCUGUUUACCUCCACCAAAACUUGAUUUUCCCCUAGCUAUUAAUUUAAAGUUGCCUUUCCUGCAGCUGCAAUAUUUUGAAUAACACACAGAGUUUGUGUUGAUUUUGAAUGUUUGUUUAUAUCUAGGGGUAAUGGAAAAUGUAAAUCCCGUGUAACCUUAUUCACUCCACCUGUAUCAUAUUAUUUCAUUUUCCCCAAAGUCCUUUAAUUCUAACUGAACACCAGCAGUAUUUUAGUAACUCUUUCUUUAGUAUACCUGGAAGAUGAUUUAUUAAGCUGAACUGUCUUUAGACGUAAUUAUUGUGAAUGUCUGUUUUAUUUUAUCAUGGUGGUUCCACAUGGCUCUGAUGUUCAGUUUGUAUUUUUGGAAUUGCUUUACUUAGAAUUAAAACAGACCAACAUUAAAUGUGUGUAUUUUUUAAAGA